AUGUCGAACAACGCGAUGGCCGCGGACUCGAAGGACAGGCAGUUCCUUGCGGUUAUCGGUGACGAGGACUCCGUCACAGGCCUCCUUCUUGCUGGUAUUGGCCAUGUAACUCCUGCACCGGACUCGCAAAAGAAUUUCCUUGUGGUGGAUAACAAGACCGACACCGCGGCGAUCGAGUCUGCGUUUCAGAAAUUUACAACUGAGCGCAAAGAUAUCGGCAUCGUGCUAAUUAACCAGCAUAUUGCGGACAGGAUACGUCACACAGUCGACACCUACACAGCCGCCUUUCCUGCAGUUCUGGAGAUCCCGAGCAAAGACCACCCUUACGAUCCUGAGAAGGAUAGCGUGCUGAGGCGAGUGCGCCGCUUGUUUGGAGAAUAG